GGACAUGACUGGCACGCCAGGCUCCGCUGCCGCUGGGGAUGGCGAGACCCACGGGAGCUCCCCUCCCUGCAGUCCAAGCUACGAUCUCACGGGCAAGGUGAUGCUUCUGGGAGACUCAGGUGUCGGCAAAACCUGUUUCCUGAUCCAAUUCAAAGAUGGGGCCUUCCUGUCCGGGACCUUCAUAGCCACCGUCGGCAUAGACUUCAGGAACAAGGUGGUGACUGUGGAUGGUACCAGGGUGAAGCUGCAGAUCUGGGACACCGCAGGGCAGGAACGCUUUCGCAGUGUCACCCAUGCUUACUACCGAGAUGCCCAGGCCUUACUCCUGCUGUAUGACAUCACCAAUAAAUCUUCCUUCGACAACAUCAGGGCCUGGCUUGCAGAGAUUCAUGAGUAUGCCCAGAGGGGUGUGGUGAUCAUGCUGCUAGGCAACAAGGCAGAUGUGAGCAGUGAAAGGGUGAUCCGUUCAGAGGAUGGAGAGACACUGGCCAGGGAAUACGGCGUUCCCUUCAUGGAGACCAGCGCCAAGACGGGCAUGAACGUGGAGUUAGCCUUUCUGGCCAUUGCCAAGGAGCUGAAAUACCGUGCAGGGCGGCAGGCCAAUGAGCCCAGCUUCCAGAUUCGAGACUACGUGGAGUCCCAGAAGAAGCGCUCCAGCUGCUGCUCCUUCGUGUGAAUCCCAAGGGGCUGAGAGGAGCAGCUGUCUCCCCCGCACUGGCUUAUUCUGAGUGACUGAGCCAAUGGAGAGAGAGCUGGGGACCCAGUACACAGUCUCUGCCUACAAGGAAGCUGUACCCCAGCUGCCACCCUAGUUCCUAUAGCUUCCCUACAUCCCAGGGGAGGGUAAAAUACUUAUGUCUUAACUUCAUUAUCCAUAACUUAAUACCAAAAAAGGAGCACCAAGCGUGCCCAGAAAACCAAGAUAGAU